AUGUCGACGAGCGGCUUCACCAGCCCGUUCGGGGCGAACUCGAACCCAUUCAGCCCGACCGAAGAGAGGAGGCCCACACCUACCGUGGUCCUGCCCGUCAUGGAUGAGGAGGAUGGGGACGCUGUCACGUCUCCGACCACCCCAAACUUCAACACUAGCCCUGGCGCGACCUUUGGCGGACCCUUUGGAGGGCCGUUUGAAGGGCCGUUUGGAGGCUCAGACGGUGCCAGCGAUGACCCUUUCUCUGUUGCCCGGCAUCACUUAAAUCCGGAGGGCUACCCUGCCCAGUACAACUUUGCUCGGAGAACCUCUGUCUCGGCCGAGUCGCUGAAGCCUUUAGCGGAUUCAGAUGACAACUGGACUCCACCCGUCUACCCAAAGACCGACGAGCAGCUAGCGUGGCUCAAGGAAGCUAUGCAGGGCAAAUUUGUCUUUGACAAGCUGGACGAGGAGCAGAGGGCACAGGUUAUUCGCGCCUUUCAAGAAAAGCACAUCCCUGCCAAGGAUAUCAAGGUGAUUAUCCAAGGGGAUGUUGGCGACUACUUCUACGUGGUCGAGAAGGGUUCGUUCAAUGUCUACAAGAACCCGACGGGCGCCAUGCAGCCUGGGCCAGACGGACUCGGUAAGCACGAGGGCACUGUCGCCGAGGGCGGCUACUUUGGCGAGAUCGCACUCAUGCACAACGCCCUUCGCAACGCCACGGUCAUGUCGGCCGAGGCCAACUGCGUGCUUUGGGCUCUGGACCGUGUGACAUUCAAUCGCAUCCUGAUGGAAACCAACUCGGCGCGCUACCAGAUGUACGACAAGUUCCUCAAGGGCGUGCCGGCGUUGGAGCCUCUCACGGCUACCGAGAGGAAAAAGCUCAUCGUCGCGCUCAAGGACGAGAGCUUCGCUUCCGGUGAUCUGAUAAUCAAGCAGGGGGAUCCCGGUGAGAAGUUCUACAUCCUGGUGAGCGGCGAGGCUGAGGCGUACAAGGUCGGCAUAGCCCAGCCCGUCAUGAGCUACAAGAGGGGCGACUUCUUUGGCGAGCUGGCGCUGCUUAACGACACGCGCCGAGCGGCGAGCGUCCUCGGCAAGACGGACGGCAAGGUUGCCACUCUGGACAAGAACUCGUUCCAAAGCCUGCUUGGUCCCCUCGAGGAAAUCCUGAGGCGAACCAGGUACGAGGAAGUUAAGACCGGAGUAGAGGACAUUGACCCGCUACAGUCGGCAUGA